ACGUGGGAGAGAAGGGAGGGUUGGGGGAAGUGUGGAAAACCAGAAUCUGAGCGGCUGCCGCCUGAGGCGGAUUUGGUGGGAGGAGAAGUAGAGGGAAGGAAACGGGUGGAGGGGGUGAGGUGAGGAGGGCAUCUGGGUCGCUGCCCCCGGGCGGCACAAAGUUCUUCGCUAUGUGGCUGAAGCCCGAGGAAGUGCUCCUGAAAAAUGCGCUGAAGCUGUGGCUGAUGGAAAGGUCCAACGACUACUUCGUGCUGCAGCGGCGUCGGGGCUACGGAGAGGAAGGCGGAGGGGGACUCACAGGACUUCUGGUUGGGACUCUUGAUUCAGUCUUAGACUCUACUGCUAAAGUAGCUCCAUUUCGCAUCCUACACCAAACACCAGAUUCUCAAGUUUACCUGUCAAUUGCAUGUGGAGCCAACAGAGAAGAAAUAACCAAACAUUGGGAAUGGUUAGAACAAAAUAUCAUGAAGACUCUAUCUGUGUUUGAUUCAAAUGAAGAUAUUACUAAUUUUGUACAAGGAAAGAUAAGAGGAUUAAUUGCUGAAGAGGGAAAGCAUUCCUUUGCAAAAGAAGAUGAUCCUGAGAAAUUUCGAGAAGCCCUUUUGAAAUUUGAAAAAUGUUUUGGUUUACCAGAGCAGGAAAAGUUAGUGACCUAUUACUCAUGCAGUUAUUGGAAAGGACGGGUUCCUUGUCAGGGUUGGCUGUAUCUUAGCACCAACUUCCUGAGCUUCUAUUCUUUUUUGUUGGGAUCAGAAAUAAAACUCAUUAUCUCCUGGGAUGCAGUCUCAAAACUUGAAAAGACUUCAAAUGUCAUACUGACAGAGAGUAUUCAUGUGUGUUCGCAAGGAGAGAAUCACUACUUUUCAAUGUUUUUGCAUAUUAACCAAACAUACCUUCUUAUGGAACAGCUGGCAAACUAUGCCAUAAAAAGAAUUUUUGAUAAGGAAACAUUUGAUAAUGAUCCAAUCCUUGAUGAUCCUCUACAAAUCACUAAAAGAGGUCUGGAAAAUCGAGCCCACAGCGAGCAGUUUAAUGCCUUUUUUAGGCUGCCCAAAGAAGAGACUUUGAAAGAAGUACAUGAAUGUUUCUUAUGGGUACCAUUCAGCCACUUCAACACUCAUGGAAAAAUGUGCAUCUCAGAAAAUUAUAUCUGCUUUGCUAGCCAGGAUGGCAAUCUAUGUAGUGUAAUUAUUCCAUUACGAGAGGUCUUAGCUAUAGAUAAGACAAAUGAUUCCAGCAAAUCUGUCAUCAUUAGCAUCAAAGGAAAAACAGCUUUUCGCUUCAGUGAAGUUAAAGAAUUUGAGGAAUUGGUGGCAAAACUCCGGCUCAAGUGCGGGGCAUCUUCAACUCAAUGUCAUGAUAUUAGUACAGAGGUUCCUGUUAGUUCUGAUUCUGUAGACCCAUCUGAUAAUAUUGAGGUGCAGUCUUUGACGUGUCAGAGAGAAUGCAGUAAAGCUGUAAACACUGAAGCCCUAAUGACAGUAUUUCACCCUCAGAACCUGGAGACUCUUAAUUCCAAAAUGUUGAAAGAAAAGAUGAAGGAACAGUCAUGGAACAUACUGUUUGCAGAAUGUGGGCGUGGUGUUAGCAUGUUUCGAACCAAAAAGACUCGUGAUCUGGUUGUAAGAGGAAUUCCAGAGACCUUAAGAGGAGAGCUCUGGAUGCUUUUUUCAGGUGCUGUUAAUGACAUGGCUGCUAAUCCUGGCUAUUAUGCUGAGGUGGUUGAGCAGUCGUUAGGGACCUGCAACCUAGCUACUGAAGAAAUUGAACGUGAUUUGCGUCGCUCACUGCCUGAGCAUCCAGCCUUUCAAAGUGACACUGGCAUAUCUGCUCUGAGACGGGUACUCACUGCUUAUGCAUUCAGGAAUCCCAAAAUUGGAUACUGCCAGGCGAUGAACAUUUUGACUUCAGUGUUGCUUCUGUAUGCAAAAGAGGAAGAAGCUUUUUGGCUUCUGGUUGCUGUAUGUGAACGAAUGUUACCUGAUUAUUUUAAUCGUCGAAUCAUUGGUGCCUUGGUGGAUCAGGCGGUCUUUGAAGAGCUUAUCAGAGAUCACCUUCCCCAGCUGACUGAACACAUGACUGAUAUGACAUUCUUUUCCUCAGUUUCUCUCUCAUGGUUCCUCACACUUUUCAUUAGUGUGCUACCUAUUGAGAGUGCAGUGAACGUAGUAGACUGUUUCUUCUAUGAUGGAAUAAAGGCCAUUUUACAACUGGGAUUGGCAAUACUUGACUAUAAUUUAGACAAACUGCUGGCCUGUAAAGAUGAUGCUGAAGCUGUCACAGCUUUAAACAGGUUCUUUGACAAUGUCACUAAUAAGGAUAGCCCAUUGCCUUCAAGUGUGCAGCAGGGUUCAAAUGUAAGUGAUGAUAAAAGCAGCCAUAGUCGAGUGGAUAUUACAGAUUUGAUUAGAGAGUCAAAUGAGAAAUAUGGCAGUAUUCGCUAUGAGGAUAUACAUAGCAUGCGCUGUCGAAAUAGGUUAUAUGUGAUACAGACCCUAGAGGAAACGACAAAGCAGAAUGUGUUGCGUGUUGUAUCACAAGAUGUGAAGUUGAGCCUUCAUGAAUUGGAUGAACUUUAUGUCAUCUUUAAGAAAGAGUUGUUUUUUUCUUAUUAUUGGUGUUUGAGUUCUCCAGUGUUGAAGCACCAUGAUCCCAGUCUGCCAUAUUUGGAACAGUAUCAGAUUGACUGCCAGCAGUUCAGAGUGUUGUAUCACUUGUUGAGUCCCUGGGCUCAUUCUGCAAACAGAGACUCACUAGCUUUAUGGACAUUUAGAUUUUUGGAUGAAAACUCCGACUGCCUUAUAAACUUCAAAGAAUUCUCUUCUGUAAUUGACAUAAUGUACAAUGGAAGUUUCACCGAGAAGCUUAAGCUGCUUUUUAAGCUGCAUAUUCCUCCAGCUUAUACUGAGGUGAAUGCUAAGGACCCUUCAAGGGGAGAUGAACUUUCCAAGGAAGAAUUACUUUAUUUCAGUCAGCUCCAUGUUUCCAAGCCUCCAGAGGAGAAGGAAGCAGAGUCAGUGAAACACAGCCCUGAAAAAGGAAAAGGAAAAGUUGAUAUUCAAGCGUAUCUAAGUCAAUGGCAAGAUGAGCUUUUAAAAAAAGAAGAAAACAUUAAGGAUUUACCAAAAAUGAAUCAGUCACAAUUUAUUCAGUUUUCAAAGACGCUAUAUAACUUAUUUCAUGGGGACCCUGAAGAAGAGUCAUUAUAUCAAGCCAUUGCCGUUGUAACCAGCCUUUUGCUCAGGAUGGAAGAAGUUGGAAGGAAACUCCAUAGCCCUACGUCAUCAGCCAAAGGACUGUCUGGUGCAGUGUGUGCUUCUGGAGGACCUAUUGAGGGGCAAACCAAGAGCCACUUGGAGAAAGAUCCUUCCUCCCCUCGGGAAGAGCCUCAGUGGUCAUUUGCCUUUGAACAGAUUCUCGCAUCUUUGUUGAAUGAGCCAGCAUUGGUGAAGUUUUUUGAGAAACCUAUAGAUGUAAAAGCCAAAUUAGAAAAUGCAAAAACCUCUCAGUUAAGUUCUAGAACCAAGAAGUAAGUCUCUUAACAGGAAUUGCCUACUAUAGACAAGUUUACCAAGAUCCUUGUAGUUGUCAGCUUGAUUCCUGGGAGUAGGAAUCGGGGAUUUAUCUUGUUACUAAUAUAUUUGAAGGUUAAAAAGAAGACAUUUGGAAGCACAAUGACUUAUUCCUUUGUGGUCAUAUCUUGAUAUUUUGAUAUUCUCUGAUUCAAAUAAACUUUUUGUAUUUCCUAAGACACGCACUAUCAGGGGGAGUAUGCUAAAUGUUACCACCAGAGGGCACCACCAUAUCACUUUUAGUAAGGAAAUUCCUAGUUUGUUUUGCUAUUUACGUGUGAAUUACUGAGGAUUUUUGAAAAUGUGGUGUUACGUUUGAGUAUUAGUGAUGCCGACAUGUCAUAGUGAUAAAUCCUACUUUCCAAAUUGCCUAAGUCCUAUUAGAAUGCUUUAGAAAACCAGGCUCUUAGAUCUGUAGCCUUAAUUAUCCACACGAUUACCCAAUGGGAAAUUCAUUUUCAAGUUACCUAACUGAAAUAAUAUUAAGUUUUCAGAGUACAUCUCACUCGGUCUUCUAAUAAUAUUUUUUUUUAGUAAUUUCUACAUUCUCCCCACCUGAGCAGUUCAGAAGCUGCUGACACACUUCUAGCUCUGUUACUGAUAAAAAUAACUCAAAACUCUGGGCUGAUAUAAAGAAAAACAAUAUUGGAUUUGGAUUUGAGCUGGUUCAAGCCAGCCAAUUCAGAAGGCUUAACAAACAGUACAGUUUCCUGUGCGAAGGUCUCUCAUUAGGCUGCGAUAUUACUUGAAGUUCUGAGUGCUGCCCUUCGUGGCAUUUGUCUCAGAGUAGCUUGUGACUGCUUUGGUUCUAGUUUUAGAUUUUGGAUUUUCACCGGUUGUAUUUUAAGUUACAUCAGAUAGACUGAAUUAUUGUAUUAGUCUGGCAAGUUCACAAAGCGUACAGGCAUACCUCAUUUUAGUGAGCUUCGCUUUAUUGCGCGCUUCACAGAUACUAUAGUUUUAUUGCAGAUUGAAGGUUUGUGGCAACCCUGCGUUGAGCAAGUCUAGCGGCGCCAAUUUUUCCAACAGCAGUUGCUCACUUUGCCUCCGUGUGUCCAAUGUUUCUUGCAACAUCUGAAACUUGUUCAUUAUUAUUAUGUCUGUCCUGGUGAUCUGUGAUCAGUGAUCUUUGGCAUUGCUAUUAUGACUCACCCAAGGCUCAGAUGAUGGUUAGCAUUUUUUAGCAAUAAAAUAGUUUAAGGUAUGUACGUUGUUUUUUAGACAUAAUGCUAUUGCACAUUUAAUAGACUAUACUGUAGUGUAAACAUAACUUUUAUAUGUCCUGGGAAACCAAGAAAUUCAUGUGACCUACUUUAUUGCAAUAUUCACUUUUACUGCAGUAACCUGGAACCGAACCUGCAAUAUCUGAGGUAUGCCCGUACUUGUGCAUGAUGAUUGUUAAGAUAAUGUAUAGAAUUCCUGGCAUCCAGCUCAGAGGCUGUAAUCUAUCUGAUUGAGAUGUGUAAUCUCAAUAUACUUUAUGCUGCUUAUAUUUCAGUCAUUACAAUACAAGUUCAUUUAGAGAUAAUGGGCUUUGUUGGCACUUUAAAGAAAAAAAAAUCACACCCGUCCAAUCUUCUGUGCUGUUUUCUGAGAAGAGAGUUUAUUAAUCAGUUAAUUUAGACAUUGUGGGGAGACAUCAUCCAUUGGAGUGUCUUUCUUCACAAAAGACUUUGAUUUAAGCCUUUUUGACUUUUCAGAUUUGAAACAAUGAAAGGGCAGACAUCCUUUAGAGCAACCCAAGAAAUCUCCCUUUCUGGAAAGAAUUGGUAUAGUCAGCCUUUGUCAGGAAUCCACUAUGAAACAGACCUAACACAGAGGCUUCAUCACCAUGUAAUAUGUUAUUUUCAGAGAGUUCCAAGAAUUUCCAAGUUGACCCUUUGAAAAUGUUGUAAAUUGGACUUGGUCAAACACUUCUAGUUGUGUUCUUAAAAUGAUUUUGCCAGUCUUAUCUUUUCAAGGAAAUUGCCACUUAAAGAGACAAUAAAUAAGCAUUGUCCCUUUUCUCAGAAGUGGCUUGACUAAAACAUGUCCAAAUUUUAGAGGUUAGUUAAUAGUUUAUAUGAGAACUAUCACAACUAUUAUACAGUGAUUGUUAAACUACACUACAAUAGCUCUAUAACCACAAGGCUCUAUGCUUAUGUGCAAAGGCACUAUUGCCAAUACUUUGUUCAAAAUUUUGUCAGUUGUAUUUACAAAAAAAGAUACUUUUUAAGAGCAUAUGUUAUUAAUAUUUGAUAUGAUUUCUGAAAUCAGAAUAUUGAAGAUUACCUAGUAUUGUAUUUUAGCCUAGAUUAAGAUUGAAUACUUUAAAGAGAUUUUUGAGUUGCAGAAAGAUUAUAAGUUAAAAAGACAGACAUUUAUUUUCUGAAUCUGCAGGAGAAAUAAGCUGAACACAUAGUUUUGUAGUUGCUACCUUGUUAAGCAAAUGAGUUGUUCUUAAUACUUAAAAUCUUAUGUAAUUGUGUCACCCUGAACCAGUGCAUUAUACCUUUUACAUUAAAUUAAAUGUUAUAAGGUGGCUUUCCUGGUCUUUCUAAACAUAAAUGUUAUGAAUCUGUUAUAAUAAACAUGAAAAAAUGGCUUACUUAAAGAUCUUA